CCGCGUACCGGCCGCGCGUCCGCUCAAAUUGCCGAAAGCGCGCUGAAGAUUUUGGGGGGCGCGUCUAUGCUGCAUGCAUGCAGCAGUCGUGAGUAUAGCAGGGGUGUGGCCCAGGUAUGCUGGUGGUCGGAAGCCGUGGAGAGCCGAACCGCUGCGCAUCCACCAACGAAGCUCUCACUGGACAGCAGUGAUCUCCAUCUUCGCAAUCAUCCAGAUCCUCCCUCACCGCUGGCGGCUGCGAUUAGGUGACCCUCUCAAGCGUCUGCGAGAAUACUUGCAACGCAUGCACUUGUGUGUCGGCUGAUCUCUCCAGCCGCUAAGAAUACGCGCAGCGCCUGAUCUAGAAGUCGACAUCCUCAGCUGUGACCUAUCCCGGCGUAUCUUCACGA